CUCCCUCCUCCCGCCCCGGCGGUUGACAACGGAGCGGCGCGAGGGGCGGGUGCGCAGGGGGACGGCUCUCAAGAUGGCGGCGCCCCUGGACAUGGAGCCGCCGGCCCUCAGCUUGGAGCUGCUGCCGACCGACCCGCUGCUGCUCAUCCUCAGCUUCCUUGACUACCGCGAUCUGAUGAGCUGUUGCUAUUUAAGUCGAAGAUUAAAUCAACUAUCAAGCCAUGAUCCAUUGUGGAAAAGACACUGCAAGAAAUACUGGCUGAUUUCAGAAGAGGAAAAAAGCCAACGAAAUCAGAGCUGGAAAGCCAUCUUCAUCAGUACCUACUCUGACCUAGGAAGAUACAUCCAGUACUAUGCUACACUGAAAAAAGCCUGGGAUGACCUAGAGAAAUACUUAGGACAGCGGUGUCCUCGGAUGAUUGGGUCUCUGAAAGAGAGUGUGCGGGAGGAAGAUCUGGAUGCUGUGGAAGCACAAAUAGGCUGCAAACUCCCUGAUGACUAUCGGUGUUCAUUUCGUAUUCAUAAUGGACAGAAGCUUGUUGUUCCUGGUCUGAUGGGAAGCAUGGCACUCUCAAACCACUACCGCUCAGAAGACUUGCUGGAUAUUGACACAGCAGCUGGAGGUUUUCAGCAGAGGCUGGGGCUGAAGCAAUGCCUGCCUCUCACUUUCUGCAUUCAUACUGGCCUGAGUCAAUACAUGGCCCUGGAGAGUGUGGAGGGACGAAAUAAAUAUGAGAUCUUCUAUCAGUGUCCAGACCAAACAGCUCGCAGUACAUCUGCUAUUGAUAUGUUCAUUACAGGUACAUCUUACUUGGAGUGGUUUACAUCCUAUGUAAACAAAGUUGUGACUGGUGGUUAUCCCAUCAUCAGAGACCAGAUUUUCAGGUAUGUGCACGAUAAAGACUGUGUUGCCACCACAGGAGAUAUUACUGUUUCUGUGUCCACUUCUUUUCUACCUGAACUCAGUUCUGUCCAUCCACCACAUUAUUUCUUCACUUACAGAAUCAGAAUUGAAAUGUCCAAAGAUGCUCUUCCUGAGAAGACUUGUCAGCUUGACAGUCGAUACUGGAGAAUAACAAAUGCCAAAGGUGAUGUAGAUGAAGUCCAGGGUCCUGGAGUAGUUGGGGAGUUUCCAAUUAUCAGUCCUGGGAGAGUCUAUGAAUAUACCAGCUGCACUACGUUUUCCACAACAUCUGGAUACAUGGAGGGCUAUUACACCUUCCACUGCCUCUACUACAAGGACAAAUUCUUUAAUGUCACAAUUCCCAGAUUUCAUAUGGUGUGUCCAACAUUUAAGGUGUCUGUAGCACGACUGGAAACAAAUCAUAAUGAAUAUGCAGUGGAUGAAGAUGAAGAUUCCACAGACACUGAUGAGUAUGAAGAUCGACGUAGAGUGUUGGACAUUCCUGCACCUUCCGGACGCUGCCCACGUCACACCUGAUGAGAUAUUUUUCAAAACAAAAUAAACUGUUUUCAGAAGCUGAACUCUUUGGGGCUACUGCAUAAGAAUAUUUCUGACUAUUGUAAAUGAACUUUCUGUUGCACAUGAGGGCAACUAGCAUGAAUGUUGGUGCCAGUUCUAAUAUUCAUCAGAGUAUAAGUUGUUUUUUUUUUUCCCUGGUUUUGAAGCAAAGGGGGUAGGUCAAGGGGAGGGAGUGGGAAGAAGAGAAAGGUGUUUGGGUUUUUGUUCACUUUUUUCUGAAGUGCAAACCAGCUUGAUAGUCUGAGGUAAUCAUAUCUUACAUUUUUUUUAAACUAUUGCCUAUUUAUGAUCAUACUGCAGAUAUGGUGUGGGGAAUUGUUUUUAUACAAGCAUUUAAAAUUAGCAAUAGACAAGAUGGCAAAAAAGGUGUAUAUUGUCCUUUCUCAUGAGUUUCUUACUCUUGAUAGCUCAUGCCAAGACUGAAACUUGCAGUUUGGCCUAUGUAUCCCAUUUGGGUGAGAUCAGGUGCUCGUGCUCUGUGUUUUUGUUUUUUUAUUUACAUAGGAGUAUCAGAAAAUUCUGGUCAUCAGAUGCAUAAAUUAGGGAUGAAACUGGCCUUAUUUUUUAGACAAUCUUGUCUUUGGGCUUCAUUUUAUGCUAAGUGACUCUGGUUGGAUAAUGCCUUUUGGAAUGGAGCAUAUAUGCAUAAUCUGCCACUCAGUAACUCAGUAACUACAAAUUAGGGAUUUGUAAAUAUGUUUUGAGUUUUUCAUAAUAUGAUGUUUGCUGUUCAGACUUUUUCAUAGGUGACAAAUUUAUGUUGAAGUAUCAUGUUUCCCAAAAUCCUCUAUGGAUUUUUCUAACUAUGCCUGACUGAAAAGGAAGAAAAGAAAAAAGAUGACCCUGACAGAACACCAGAUGACUAGAAACUUUAUAUUUAAAGAAGUAUGUUUGCUUUAUCACUUUUAUUUUGUUUCCAUCGUCAUUAAUAAACAACUUUACUGCCUCCUUUGCUCUUAA